UUCCAUGUUCUUUUUCUUCCUAAACAUCAGAGCAGAUGCUGGAGGGUUUUACUGGCCGGGAGACACAGAGGACACGCCGGGGCAUCAAACAUCUGGACACAUCAGUCUGAAAUUAAAAGCUCUCAUUUGGGGAAAUUGUUGGAUUUAAUAGUUUCCCCCUGAUCGUUUUUCUGUGGAGGUGUGAGGAACAUGCGGCGCACCUCCGCCUGGACGAGGAUUGGCUGGGCGCUCUGUUUGUGCGCAUCUUUGGCCGUGAGCGCACCGGACCUCACCGAGGACGAUGAGCUGGUCCUGGAUCUGUCUCACCCUGGACCCGGACCCCCCGCCGAGCCCCCCGCCGAGCCCCCUGCCGAGCUGCUCAGGUGCAACAAGGCAGCAUGGCGCAUACCUGGUCAGUACCUGGUCAUGCUGCGUUCAGGGACGCACGAGUCUCAGCUCCAGAGGACCAUCAGGAGGCUGAUAGCCAAAGCGUCCAGGACAGGUCACCUGCUGGAGAUCCUGCAGACCUUCUCUGGAGCUCUGCACGGCUUCCUGGUCAAGAUGAGCAGUGACGUCCUUCCCCUGGCUGUGAAGCUCCCCCAUGUCCACUACAUCGAGGAGGAUUCCUCUAUCUUUGCUCAGAGUGCCCCCUGGAACCUUCAGAGGUUACUGCGGCCGUAUGGUUUCACCUCGGAAAACGGAACAUAUCGACCUCCCAAUGAUGGAGGGAAGGCGGAGGUGUAUCUGAUGGAUGGUCGUGUUCAGAGUUCUCACCGAGAGGUUCAGGGACGAGUGCUCAUCACAGACUUCAACAACGUCCCUGAGGAGGACGGAGUCAGAGUUCAUAGACAGGCCAGUCAGUGUGACAUCCACGGCACACACAUAGCCGGGGUUGUGAGUGGGUUGGAUUCGGGUGUUGCUCGAGGCGCUGGUAUCAAGCUGGUCCGUGUGCUCAACUGUCAAGGGAAGGGGACGGUAUCAGGAGCUCUGGCAGGUCUGGAGUACAUCCGAGCUACUUUACUGACCCGUCCGGCGGAGGCAGUGGUCGUCCUGCUGCCUUUCAUCGCUGGCUUCAGUCGUUCAUUAAACGCGGCCUGUCGGGACAUGGUGGCUAGCGGUGCUGUGGUGGUCGCUGCUGCAGGCAAUUACAGAGAUGACGCCUGCCUCUACUCGCCUGCUUCAGAGCCUGAGGUCAUCACAGUCGGGGCAGUCAAUGCAGCGGACCAGCUCAUGUCACAGGGAGCAGGUGGCACUAACUUCGGCCGCUGCGUUGACUUGUUUGCACCCGGCGAUGACAUCGUUAGUGCUAGCAGCGACUGCAGUACCUGCUUUACCACCAGAGGGGGCACAUCCCAAGCUGCUGCUCACACUGCAGGUGUAGCAGCAGUGAUCCUUUCGUCGAAUCAGAACCUGUCCCCGGUGCAGGUCCUGCACACGAUGCUGAGUUACUCCGUCAGCAACACGAUCAACCUCCUCCCUCUGUCUGACUCACAUCGUCUCACUACUCCGAACCUGGUAGCAGCCAUGCCUCCCACCAGCAGCACAACAAAUGGGGAGCUUCUGUGUCGGUCCGUGUGGUCAGAGAGGUCAGGGGUCGCGAGCACCGACAGGGCUGUGAGUCGCUGUCGUCAUGGCGAGGAGAUGAUGGGAUGCAGCAGCUACGCUCCUGACGGUGUCCGUGUCGGAGAAACCAUCGCUAUGCACAGCGAGCAGAUGGAGUGUGUUGCCGACAAUGGUGCGAGGGGCAACGGUGUGUACGCUGUGGCCCGUUGUUGUGCGAUAGGUGGUCUGCGGUGCCAGGCCCACGCGAGUCCUGAGCCCGGCAAAGAUGCUGAGUGUGUCGACCCACAGCACCACCUGACAGGUUGUUCUUCUUGGUCCCCUGCUGAGCUCUCGUCUAAUUCCCGUCCACAUCUCAGCGAUGGGAAGCGCUGCGUUGGUAAAGCCGGGGUAACGGCACACGCCGUGUGCUGCCACGCUCCGUCCCUGGAGUGCCACCUGUUGGAGAACAUAUCAGCUGAUAAAGACCACGUCCAGGUGUCCUGUCCCACCGGUUGGACUCUGACGGACUGUAGCGCCGUCUCUCAGGCCUCUGCUGUCUUGGGGCCUGUUGCUAAGGGCAACAGUUGCAGUAUCCGCGGUGCAACAGCAGCUGACGGGGUAGCAGCCGUUGCCGUCUGCUGUCGCAUAAGAGCGACAGAGGGGGCAGCACCAGCGCCACAAUGACCCGACCCCACUCCUCUGUGAUGUCUUACACCUUGAAAACAGCUUAGCUUUAUCUCUAGUAGUCUUGAUGUCUUUAUCGCUCAUCAGCUGUGAUGUCAUUUAGACCCAUGAACACACCUUCACACUUACGUGACUGAUAAAACUCCAGUGAAAGUCAUGAGCUGUGUCUCAAUUCAAAGGCUGCAUCCUUCAGUGGCUGCAUGUGAAGACCGAUUGCCUCACAGCAGCGCCACUAGACUGUUCCAUUUCGAAGUCCCUUUACAUGCAGCCGACAAAUGUUAUUUUCAAUUGCCGAGAGAUGAAGGCUCCAACGGGUGGAUCCUUCCCGGUACAAACCUAUCCCAGGAUUCAUAGCAGUUCAGUGACAAAUGCUGUUUCAGAGGUAUUGAUGCUGGCAAAUCAACUCAACUGAACAACUAAUGGUGCAAAUGUUAGGGGGAAAAAAAUCAAAGGGCAUAUACAUAUUUUUUUGGGGCUUGGGCUAGAGAUGCAGAUCAUCUCAUUUCAGUUCAGCCUUCACAUUCUACACAGCCCACAAAGGAGGAGGUCUUCAUGAGCCGGGACGACUGCAUGCUCCGAAAGAUGCAGCCUCUGAAUUGAGACACAACUCAGUGUGUGUUUGAGCUAUAGGAUUAGAACAAAUAUUUACCAUAUACCAUACAUAGUUUGUAAAAUUCAACCAAAUAUUUUUGUAUCUUUUUACAAAACAAAAUAAAGAGCUUUUGAGUGUU